AAAACCGUUAUAAAACUACUACCUAAAAGCUAUCUCAUGAGGAAAUGUGAAUUGCUUUCAUGAAAUCCAACUGAAAGUCAGUCUGAAAUAGUCAUAUUUAUAUCUAAAGAAGCCGCGUUUCACGAACCUCUCGUCUUACGGGUAAUGCGGCGAUGUGGCAACCCGGCGGGCCUCGGACGGUCCUCCAUCCUGGCACUUACCUUCAUCCUGGUAACUCGCAAGUCCCCGGACCAAAAACAGGAAGUAUUAAUGAGGCAGAGAGCGGCCCGUGGGUUCCAUCCCUCAGCCGGCGCACCAUGAGUUCAGCAGCGGAGGACGAGGACGAAGCCGCCGAGUCGGUUCCUCCGACUCAGGAGAGCCCCCCCCACGACGAGGACUCGGAGCCUUUCCAGAAGAAGCUCCGCCUCUCGGCUGAGGAGCAGGGAGCCUCGUUGGAGCCUCAGUUCUCCGCGGUCACCCUCCCAGUGUCGGCAGGCGCCGAAGGCUUCGAGGUGACCAUGACGGCCUCGGCGGACGGGGAUCUCUCCGAGGACGGAGUCGCUCGGAUUCAGCUCCUGCAGGAGGACGAGGACGCCGAUCAGAAGUCCGACGUGUCCCCUGUCAGUCAGGCCUGGUUCACCACCAAAGAGGACAAGGACACGCUGGCCAACAAAGGUCACAAGUGGAAACAGGGCAUGUGGUCCAAAGAGGAGAUCGACCUCCUGAUGAGCAACAUCGACCACUACGUGAAGGGGCGGGGCAUCGAGGACCCGGCCGAGAUCAUCUUCGAGAUGUCCAAGGAGGAGAGGAAGGACUUCUACCGCUCCGUGGCGCUCGGCCUCAACCGCCCGCUGUUCGCCGUGUACCGCCGGGUUCUCCGGAUGUACGACAACCGCAACCACGUGGGGAAGUACACCGCCGAGGAGAUCGAGAAGCUGAAAGCGCUGAAGGACAAACACGGCAACGACUGGGCCACCAUCGGGGGGGCGCUGGGCCGCAGCGCCUCCUCCGUCAAAGACCGCUGCCGCCUGAUGAAGGACACCUGCAACACAGGUAAGUGGAGCGAGGAGGAGGAGCGGCGUCUGGCCGAGGUGGUGUACGAGAUGGCGGGCGCGUCGCCGGGGGCGGCGGUCACCGGGGGCGUGUCCUGGGCCACGGUGGCCGAGCAGGUCCGCACGCGCUCAGAGAAGCAGUGUCGCUCCAAGUGGCUCAACUACCUCAACUGGAAGCACAGCGGGGGCACCGAGUGGAUGAAGGAGGACGACCUGAGCCUCGUGCGCAGGAUUUCGGAGCUGGAGGUGGAGGACGAGAACGAGAUCAAGUGGGAGGAGCUAGCGGGCGGGUGGAGCAGCGUCCGCUCGCCCCAGUGGCUGCGAUCCAAGUGGUGGAGCAUCAAGAGACAAGUAGCCAAUCACAAGGAGAUCCCCUUCAGCGUCCUCCUGAAGGGUCUCCAGGAGGUGAUGGCGUCUUCCCAGACGGCCUCCGGACCGGGUAGCCCCUCCUCUGCCUCGUCCUCUUCGCUGCAGAUCCGGCUCACGCGGUUGGACGAGGGCGUUGGCCCCGCCCCCGGCUCCGUGGCGGCGCUGCAGAUCCCGCUGCAGAUCACGCACCUGGCCUCGGACCCCUCGACCGCGGCCGGCGACGCUGAAACCAUCACGCUGAACGCCGGCGCCCUGCAGACCUUCGAGAUCCUGCCGUCCUUCCACCUGCAGCCCACCGGCACCCCGGGGACCUACUACCUGCAGACCACGUCCGCCCAGGGGCUCCCGCUCAGCUUGGCCGCCAACGGCACGGUUACCCUGACGACGGGCCCCUCGCCGCCGUCCCACGAGCACAUCAUCCUGCACGGGCUGUCGACGGACGGCCUCUGCGCCGCCGACGGCGUCAUCAUCCAGACCGUGACCCCCGACCCCACCUCCGCCAACCCCCUCGGCCAAUCGCAGCUGGUUGUGGAGACGGAGGGGCGGAGCCAGGAGGAAAGACUCGAUGCCACGAGUCUCCUUGAGGGGUCGGAGGGCGUUGUCACGGAAACACGGGAGCCUAUGACUGACAGCUUGACAGACAAGGAGCUGAGCUCACCUUCUGUUGAGGGUGCAGUGGUGCAUUCUGGGAUAACACCCGGCAGCGCCGUGCUGAUUGUGUCUCCUCCCAACAUCAGCAGCACGCUGACCGAUCCGAUUCUGGAGAACCAGGAAGGAUCUGACUGAGCUGAAGGCCACCGCGGACUGACAGGAUGAGGUCACUUCCUGUCUGUGUUCAUGUCGCUGUUUUCAACCAGGACGCUGUAAAUGAAAUGGAACCUUAACACGAACGCAGCGAGACGUCCUCCAUGAGACGUCCUCCAUGAGACGUCCUCCAUGGGACGUCCUGCAUGAGACGUCCUCCAUGAGACGUCCUCCAUGGGACGUCCUGCAUGAGACGUCCUGCAUGAGACGUCCUGCACUAGGCGUCCUCCAGAAGGUGUUCUCCGAAGGAAGUCCUCCAAAAGACCUCUGCCAGAAGGCGUCCUCCACGGAACGUCCCCUAGAAGUCGUCCUCCAAAAGACAUUUUACAGGCUUCCUCCACAAGUGCCAAAGAGACUCUGACUUAAGAGACACUUGUCCUUUAAAUUAAACAUGUUGAUACUUGUGUAUGAAUAUAUAUAUUAAAUAAACAUAAGGAUGAA